AUGCGUUGGACCCUCUCUGCUAUCACAGGUGCAGCGGCCCUGACUGUGGCGGGAAAUAUACCACCAUCUCCUCAGCCAGAGCUCAUAGAAGUUAUUGAGCUUCCUUUACCACCUGUGGCUCCAAGUAAUGCCACGGGUGCUUGUACAGCCUCCGUCAACCCCCGCCGCACUGGUUGUAUUGGCAAAGUCUCAGACACAUUUCAAGCGGGGGAUUUUACACCCGAUGGAAACCAUGUCGCUAUCACGGUGGAAUUUAUUGGUGCCCCCGAUUAUCCUGAUAAAUCCAGCAUUUACACCGGCGAGCAACUUAUUCUUGUCAAAACAGAUGGUACUAAUUUCACCAACGGGGAUCCCUGGAAAUGUCUAAGUUGCGGCGUGCCUUCAAAGAAUGCACGAUCUGUUGAUGCCUCCAAGGAUUAUCCUCACAUCGCCCGCAAUGCUCGCCAAGCACUCUGGGGUCACAAUAUCCUGGAUUGUGGUGGUGUACCACUGGUCAGCGACCUAUGUUCACCGAACAAAAUACACAUUUACCCGAUUUACUGGCCCACAUCUGUCAAUGGCUCCAGUCAACCGCGAGAAAUGCGAAUGCACCCCGAUGACACUCAUAUGGGCUGGAGCGCCUUUACUUCCAAUGGCCAACACUCCUAUUAUGGACGAUUGCAGUUCAACCCACAUCCUAUCAGUGGAACCAUUCGCGUUCCUCGAUACGAUUUAGUGGAUGUCAACCUGCUGGUUCAGCCGAAUGGAAAGCUACCUAUCACAGUAGAGGGCUCAGAGUUGAAAAUCAAUGACAAAUCCAUCACCGUAGGCGAACUACGAGGAUUUAGCGGCUCUGGAGAUGAACUCCUGUAUAUUGGAGCCACACUCGAAGCGAACAACAUUGAUAUCAUGUCUGUCCACAUUACAACUGGCGUGGUCCGCCGUCUUACUAGUCACCCCGAAUACGCAGACCCGGUCUCAUUCUCAUACGAUGAUCAGUGGUUCGUGACGAUGGACACUCGAGGCUCAGAUCGUCAAAUGUGGAUGUCGGGAAUGCGCCACGUCCCUCCCUUGAUUGAUAUCGUCGCCACAACUGCAGCUGCAUCAACGCGCAACAAUGGUCUCCGUCGCUUCUUCCAACCUAUCUUGAUUGAUCGCCACGGGGAUCGUGGCGACUAUUUCGGUCAGCACGUUAACUACAAUGGCGACGGUGACGAUGGCAGCGUCAAUGAUCCCAAUUGGAAUGGCAGGGCAGACCCCGCCUUUUCCCCUGAUGGCACUCGUAUUGUGUAUUGGCAGACUCUGGUUGUCUCUCCUGCAUGUGGAGGCCAGAAUCCCCUCCCUUGCCCUGUAUCCACGGCCCAAGGGGGCCGAACUUACCGGGUAAUGCUGGCGCGUCUCUCGAAUAGAAAACCCACCGAUGAGGCUACUGUCUUUGCUGCCCCCGAUCAGAUCCCGUGGGCCACUCCAUUUCCCCUUGGCGCAAGUGUGCCCACGCUGAGGACUCUGCCCGCAGGCAAUUUUAUGCUCAAUGGCCAGUCGAGUGGCUUUGCCAAUGUGACUUUGGUGAAAGAUCCAAAGCUCGGCAGUUUCAAAACUGUCUCUGUGCAGUACAAGAAUUACUCAGAUGAUGGAAUCCAUUUCAUCAAUGGGCAUGAGACGGUGACUGUAACAUUGGACUUGUCGGACCCCUGGCUUAAUAAUUUGGAAUGGUACUCUGAUCUCGUACAAGCUGGAGCGCAGAGGGCAACCAAAAAGACUGGUCCUGGUGGAUUCCAUUUAUCUAUCAACGCCAUGGAAAACAUUUUCGAGGCAAAUGGUACGUUGACAACCACAGUUGAUGGUGUAUCAUAUCAUCAACCCCUUAAUGGGGCUUGA